AUGAUGAAUGAGCAUCAUUCUGAGACACCAGAAACCGGUGUCAGAUCACAUUUCUUCAAGUAUGAUGAAAAUCGGAUUGCUUAUACUCUAUGGAAUGUGAUUGAACAGGAAUACUCUGUCCUCAAAACACAGUUACACUGUGAGACAGUUCUGGAAUUCAUGUCUCUUGGUGACACACAGGUCACCAAUCUACACACAUUCUUUGAUAAGUUCCGGUCCGCCAUCACAAAAUUGAAGAUGUUGAAUGCUCCCCCCUCAGAUGCGUGGAUAUUUGAUAUCUUCUACUCAGUUCUACCCAACAAUUGGAGGAAUUACAUUCAGAAGAAGAUAGAGGAGAUACAGGAUUCCAAAUCCACAGCUGUGAUAUUGAAUGUUGAUCUUCUCAUGGAGGAAAUCUGUUCGCGGCUUGAUCCUCCAAAAGAUAAAAAGAAUCUGCAGAAUAUAGAUUCUGCAGUCAACACAGCUAUGACAGCUAUAACAGCCACAACAACUACCAGCAACAAUACAUCGAAUCCGGCCCGUGGAGGCUGUACUGGACAUGGUUGUGACAGUUCACAAGAGGGCUCCUGA